AUGUGCUCUGAUGAGGAAAAGAACGAUGGCCUUGGUUCUGCCUCUGAGUCUGAUGCUCUGCGUCUUGGAUCGAGGAGGGACGAGUUAUGGUCAUGGAUAUCAAUUGCUAUGAUGGCCGCAUGGCAUGGAAAAGACUCCCGGUUCCAGCGCAAAUGUACCGCUUCAAAGUCUGAACCCGCGUCGCGCCAUCCCAAAAUCAUGCCGAGCAGCCCGCCGACAAACGGAUGA